AUGAAUUUCGGCGUAAUCGAAUGCGUACCAACGGGCAAAUCCAUAGCAGCUCCCGGAUGGGCUUAUGUCCCAGAUACCGGCCCAAAUGUCACAGCCUUGCAGCCGGGUCGCAAACGCGCCCGUAACCAACUGACGACCUCUUCCCAUGAGACAACUGCGAAACAAGAUGCGAAGAUUCUGCGAGAGAUAGAAGAGCUACAACGGGAGAACAUGAGAGAUGCCUUUAUCCCGAUACCUGCGAAAUCCAAAGAUAAUGCUCGAGGAACCAGUAAAAGUUCUUCAGCAGUCCGCAAGAUCCUAACUUCCCAAAAGACCUUCCAGAACCACCUCGAAGACUACCACGCUCUCAAAGCUCUCGCCCCUUCCCAACCGUCCUCAUCCGCAACGCAGGCUCCUCCAACCCCAGCGCCUCUCACACCCGCUCCCCGAGCCCCUUCCACACUACAUCUCACGAGCACUGGCAAAAGAAGUCACAAAAAGAAACCCAAUCCCACCGAUCCCGUCGCUACAUCCGUCCGAAAAGCCAGUACCAUAGUAAUGCCACCCCCACCACCACCAGUCCCCAGUCGACAAGUCAUCCUCGACGAUUCCGAACCCGGUCCCAAACCCCACGAGCGCGACGGAGAGAAGUUACUUGUCAGUUAUAUCCCACAGUUGCCUACUCAAGAAGAGCUGGAUGCGCUUAUGCGAAUUCCGCCACUGAGUUAUGUGGAGGCUAAGGGGGGGUAUCUAGAGGGAGAAGGGACAGGGAAACCGGUUCGGAAGUUCUGUGAGGUUUGUGGGUAUUGGGGGAGGGUUAAGUGUAUGAGGUGUGGUGUUAGGUGUUGUGCGCUGGAGUGUUUGCAGGUUCAUGGGGAGGAGUGCUUUGCUAGGUAUGGUGCGUAG